CAGGUAGAACCGAAAGUGAAAGAAGGAAAUAAACAUACGCCAUUUCGAGACUUUAGACCUUUACUCUCUGUUUAAUCGGUUGUUCAUUUUAUGUAAAUGAGAGCAAGUAAACACUAAAAUGAGUCUUCAAAAUGAGACAGAAGAUGAGGAGUCUACCUGUAAAAUGAGUUCUGCAUCUCCUGGACCAAGCUGUGUGUCUAUGAAGAGUGAUCAGUCCAUGAUAAUAAUACCUCCUGAGCUCAGCAAUGCACCAGUGACCUCUGACCUCAGCAGGAGACAGAGAUCAGAGUCUCCAGAACACAGCUGUGUGUCUCUGAAAAGUGAUCAGUCCAAGGGGAAAAAUCCUCCUGAGCUCAGUAAUGCACCAGUGACCUCUGACCUCAGGAGACAGAGAUCAAAGUCUCUAGAACACAGCCAUGUGUCUGUAAAAAGAGAUCGAAUCAAGAGGAAGAAUCCUCCUGGCUUCAGUGAUGCAACUGAGACCUCUGACCUCCGUUUUAGCAGUCAAAAGAAACCUAAGGUGGUCGGAUCUGUCCAGUCUUCUACAUCCAAAAAUCAGACUCGUGUCAUUCAGGAAAAUACAGAAACACCCCUGCAGAGACAAACACUAGAGACUGGAGACCUGCAGAGAGUCAAAGAUCAGCACAAAUCCAGCAUGAAGAAUAAAUAUGAGAGAUUACUUGAGGGAAACAAACCCAAUCAGAAUGAAACCCUCCUGAACCGGAUCUACACCCAGCUGUACAUCCUAGAGGGAGAGAGUGAAGGAGUGAAUGAAGAACAUGAGGUUUUACAGAUGGAGAAAACAGCCAGAACAAAACACUCCCAACACACUCCAAUCUACUGCAAUGACAUCUUUAAAGAGGAGAAAGAGCAAAUCAAGACUGUUCUUACUAAAGGCAUCGCUGGAAUCGGAAAAACCGUCUCUGUGCAGAAGUUCAUUCUGGACUGGGCCGAGGGAAAAGCCAAUCAGGAUGUAGAUUUCAUGUUUGUGCUUCCAUUUCGAGAGCUGAACUUGAUCAGAGAUCAUCAGUACAGUCUUCACACACUUCUGCUGGACUUUCAUCCUGAACUUGAAGAUCUGGAGCCCAAGAUUUAUGAGGAGUGUAAAGUUGUGUUCAUCUUUGAUGGUCUGGAUGAAAGCAGAAUCACACUGAUGUUUUCAGACGCUCCGCAAGUUUGUGAUGUGACUGAGACUUCAUCAGUGGCUGUGUUGAUGUCAAAGCUGAUGAAAGGAGAGCUGCUUCCCUCUGCUCUCAUCUGGAUCACCUCCAGACCAGCAGCAGCCAAUCAGAUCCCCUCCAAAUACAUCAAGCGUCUGACAGAAAUUCAGGGAUUCACUGAGCCUCAGAAGGAGGAAUAUUUCAGGAAGAGAAUCAGUGAGCAGCAUCAAGCCAGCAGAAUCAUCUCACACAUCAGAAGAGCAAGAAGCCUCCACAUCAUGUGCCACAUACCCGUCUUCUGCUGGAUCUCAUCCACUGUGCUUCAGAAGCUCCUGGAAGAAGAUCUGAGUGCAGAAAUCCCUCAAACUCUGACUGAAAUGUACAUCCACUUCCUGCUGAUUCAGAUCAACAUGAGGAAUCAGAAGUAUGAAGAGAGAGAUCCAGAGAAACUCCUGCAGUCCAACAGAGAAGUGAUUGUCAAACUUGCUGAAGUGGCUUUCAGACAGCUGAUGAAGGGCAAUGUGAUGUUCUAUGAGGAGGACCUGAUUGAGAGCGGCGUAGACGUCUCUGAAGCCUCAGUGUAUUCUGGGAUUUGCUCUGAGAUCUUUAAGGAGGAAUCUGUGAUUCAGCAGAGGAAAGUCUACAGCUUCAUCCAUCUGAGUGUUCAGGAGUUCCUGGCUGCUUUCUAUGUGUUUUACUACCAUUUGAACACAACCAUGGUGGUACUGAAGAAAUUUGCUUCAUUGCACAACCUACUUAAAGGUGCAGUAGAUGAAGCCACUGAGAGUGAGAAUGGGCAUCUGGAUCUGUUCCUGCGGUUCCUGCUGGGCGUCUCACUGGAGUCCAAUCAGAGACUCUUCCAGGAUCUACUGACACACACAGAGAAGAGCUCAGAGAGCAUCAGGAGAACCACACAGUACAUUAAAGAGAAGAUCAGAGAUGGACAUGGACUCUCCACUGAAAGAUCCAUCAAUCUGUUUCUCUGUCUGCUGGAAGUGAAAGAUCAGACUCUGUCCAGAGAGAUUCAGGAGUUUAUGAAAUCAGACAAACAGUCAGAGAAGAAACUCUCUCCUGCUCACUGCUCAACAAUCGCCUACAUGCUUCAGAUGUCAGAGGAGGUGCUGGAUGAGCUGGAGCUCCAGAAAUACAACACAUCAGAUGAGGGCAGAAGAAGACUGAUACCAGCCGUCAGCAACUGCACAAGAGCUCUUCUUGCUGGCUGUAAUCUCUCUGCUCAGGAUUGUGAAAUUGUGUCGUCAGUUCUUCAAUCCUCAAACUGUGUCCUGAGAGAGCUGGACCUGAGUAACAAUGACCUGCAGGAUUCAGGAGUGAAGCUGCUCUCUGAUGGACUGAAGAAUCCAAACUGUCAGCUGGAGAUACUGAGGUUGUCUGGCUGUAUGGUGACAGAGGAAGGCUGUGGUUUUCUAUCUUCAGCUCUGAGUUCAAACCCCUCACACCUGAGAGAGCUGGAUCUGAGCUACAAUCACCCAGGACAAUCAGGAGUCCAGCUGCUCCAACACACACUGGAGGAUCCACACUACACACUGCAGAAACUCAAUUUGGACCAUGGAGGACUUUCAUAUAUGACACCUGGACUGAGAAAAUAUGCCGUUAAUCUCACACUGGAUCCAAACACAGCACACACUCAACUCAUCCUGUCUGAUGAAAACAAAACAGUAAGAUGUGUGGCAGAUUCUCAGCCGUAUCCUGAUCAUCCAGACAGAUUUAAGACCAAUGAGCAGGUUCUGUGUAGAGAGCCUCUGACUGGACGCUGUUACUGGGAGGUGAAAUGGAGCGGCUCUGGUCAUAUUGGAGUAGCUUAUUUUGGCAUCGACAGGGAAAAUGGGCUUGAAUCUUGGUUUGGACUCAAUGAAAACUCAUGGAGUCUGUACUGCAGUGAUAGAAAUUACACAGUCUGGCACAGAAAUAAGAGCGCUGAUAUUAUUGCUCCUUCAUCUAGUACUAAUAGAGUAGGAGUGUAUGUGGACGUGCCAACCGGCUCUCUGUCUUUCUACAGCGUCUCUGACACAAACACACCCACACUCAUACACACAUUCAACACCACAUUCUCUGAACCCCUCUAUACAGGAUUUAGCAUUUAUCCUGAAUCUUCAGUGACUCUGUGUCAGAUUUAACAAUAACGGAAGCACAUCUUCACCAUCUCAGAGCAAAAAGACUAAAAAGGUCAUUGUACUUUGUUAUUUAUAGUUCAACAAGUUUGCAAUUGUGACAUUUUAAAAGUUACAGAAUUAUUAGCAUGAGCUUUAGUUGCAAAUAAAGUCACAAUGCACAAAAUACAGUGACAACUGCCAGAAAUAAAUCCACUUAUAAAAGUACUUCAAGAGUUCACACUUAGCUGAUGAUUGAUUAUAAAGCGUGUUUGGCAUGCUCUCCCGGAAAAGAGCUCUGAGCUCAGCAGAUCCUCAAGCCUCCCAUUUGAAGGGAGUUUGAGCUCAGGUAGACCCUGAGACCUCCGCCACUUAUUAAGGUUAUUGAUGAGUUAGGAGUUCUACACAAUUCGUUCAUGGUGUCCCAACACAAAUUGAUUAAGUUAACUAAACACUUUUAACAUAUUUAUGUGGAUUGAACAUACAAAAUUAAGUUGCCCCAAUGAAAUCUCAGAAAUUGUGUUUUUUCAGCUCAUUAUAAAUAAGUAAUUUGAAUGAGCACAAAAAAAAUUGAGUGUAUUAGAGAUAUAAGCUGCCUAAGAGUUUGUCUUAUGGUGAUACUUUGGAUUAGUCAAUUUCCUUAUAUUAUCUUUGGAUGGUUGAAGGAAACUGGGGAACCCGGGGAAAACCUACGUAAGCAUGGGUAGAACAUGCAGACUUUGCACAGAAAUGCUGGCUGGCCCGGGAAGGGCUCGAACCAGUGGUGUUCUUGCUGUGAGGCAACAGUGCUAACCCCUGGGCCGCCAUGCCGCCCUAUCUGGAGAAGGGCGAGGAGUAGGGGUGACUUCAAGACGAUGACUAAAGUGAAAAAUAACUCUGGUUAUAGUGAGUUAGGAUUCGUCUGAGUGGCGCGAUAUGUGUAGCUGAUGCGGGACCAGCCGUGAUCAAUCAUAAGCACUUGAUUCUCUCAAAAUUAGUUAAUAAAUAAACCUCACAAAGUCAUUAUUACAAGAAAAUGCCUCAUUAAAAUCUUACAAGCUAUUCAUAAAAAUAUGAAUAGCUGUAAAUUGAACGAAGUAUUGACAUAUGAAUUUUAGUUUUAAGGCUUUCUGUGCUGUUAAAUAAGUUUUCCUAUGAAGUAAUGAACAUCAGCUCACACAAGUGCAAAUAAAGGAUGUGACCACUACUGGUUAAUUUUCCACUUUAACUCAGGUUUAUAAUAUUAUUUUAACUACCUUUUUUUUUUUGUGAGUCUGUUCAAGUAUUAUAUUUUUGCAAUAUAAUACUUUCUGUCGAGCACAUAGCUAGCACAUGGAAAGGCUGUUUCAAACUUGUUUGUGUUUAUAUCAAAAGCAAGAAUAAAACAGAUCAAUGUAAACCGGC